GCGGUCCCUUGCGGGGACCCCCCCCCGCCCCCUCCUCCAACUUCGACGCUGCCCCAUCCACGCACGGCCUAGGCUCCACAUCGCGCCAGAACGUGGCUCUUUGAAUACAGAACUCCGUUGCUUUAGCGAGUUUCCUUUUUAAUUUUUAAAGCUUGUUGGAGGGGGAUAGUUCACUGUGACGCAGCCCGUAAUGUCGUCCAAAGAACGAAGUCGUGACCGUGACAAGGAUCAUGAAAAGGAAAACGACCGGAGUGGGGACAGGAGCGAUGACAGAGAAGAGGGUAGGAGGAGCAGCAGAGCAAAGGAUGACAAUAGCAAUGACAAGACCAAGGACAAACGCAAGGAAAGAGAUAUGAAGCAUGAUGAAUCCAGUGACAGUGACCAGAGCAGUAGUACGAGUGAGGAUGGAGAGCUGGAUAAGAGUAGGGAAAGAGACAUUGAUGAUGAUGGAAGCAAGCACAAAGAUAGGGACGGCACCAAGGACAAACGCAAGGAUACGCAUUUAGACAAGGCGAAUGAUGGGGAUGGAACCAGUGACCAAGAUAAGAAUGGCAGCAAUAGCAGAGGUCAGGAAGGUGUGGCAGACAGGUACAGAAAGAGGGAAGGAGGCAGAAACAGGAAAGGAGACCGAGAUCAUCGCAGGGAGAGAAGCAAUGAUAAAGACGAGGAUAGUGAUAUGGAUGUGGAUCGGGGAAAAGAAAAUAGCAGUGACAAAAAUGGCAGUGGGAAGAGAAACAAGGAUAGGAAUGAGGAUGGAGACAUGAAUGAGGAAGGGGACAAUGUCAGAAGCAUAGAAAGAGAUAAGGGCAAGGACAGGAAAAGACAUAGACGAGGGGGUAAGGAAAAAGAUGGGGACCGAGAGAGAGACCGGGACAGGUACAGAGAUAGUGGUGGGGAUAGUGGUGUGGAUGAGAAUGAGAUGAGAGAUGGGGAGAGAGACAGAGAUGGGGAACAUGGAGUGAGGGACAGGGAGAGGGAUAGAGAUGGAGGUAGAGACCGGGAUAGAGAGAAGGACCGUGGCAGGAAUCGAGAUCGAGACCGAGAGAGGGAUGAUGAAAGGUACAGAGACAGAGAUAGACAUGACGAUGAGGACAGAUAUGGAGAAAAAGAUGGAUUCAGGAACAAGGACAGAGAUCGGGACAGACACAGAGACUUGGAUGAGGACGAGGGCAGAUACAGAGAUAGGGACAGAAAUAGGAAUAUGAUUGAGGACGAGGGCAGAUACAGAGAUGGCGGCAGGGACAGAUACAGGGACAGAGGAGGAAGAGACCGUGAUGUUGAGCGGAGGAAGCGAGUAAAAUCCCCUACCCAGGAUGAGGCCGAGAGAGGGCGUGAGUUGGGAGAUGCAAACGAAGCGGAGAGAGUGCGGGGACGAAUUGAGCCAGACGGGGAGGUAGCAGGUGGAGAGGAACCACCAACUAAGAAAAAGAAGGAUGAAGUGGAUCCCAUCCUGACACGCUCAGGGGGAGCAUACAUUCCUCCUGCAAGGCUGCGCAUGAUGCAAGAGCAAAUUGCAGACAAGAGCAGUUUGGCGUAUCAGCGAAUGAGCUGGGAAGCUCUGAAGAAAUCAAUAAAUGGCUUGAUCAACAAAGUAAACGUUUCAAACAUCUUCAACAUCAUCAAGGAGCUGUUGCAAGAGAACGUUGUUCGGGGACGUGGUUUGCUGUCACGCUCCAUGAUCCAAGCACAGAUGGCCUCCCCAACAUUCACACACGUCUACUCUGCGCUCACCGCCAUCAUCAACUCCAAGUUCCCGCAGAUUGGCGAGCUCAUUCUUCGGCGUCUCAUACUCAACUUUCGCAAGGGAUACCGCCGUAACGACAAGCCACUCUGCCUGUCCACAAGCAAGUACAUUGCUCACCUUGUGAACCAGAAUGUGGCGCACGAAGUGCUGUCCCUGGAGAUUCUCACUCUGCUGCUGGAGCGGCCGACGGAUGACAGCGUGGAGGUGGCUGUUGGCUUCCUCAAGGAGUGUGGUCUCAAGCUCACAGAGGUCUCACCACGGGGAAUCAACGCAAUCUUUGAGAGGCUGCGGAACAUUCUGCACGAGUCCCAGAUCGACAAGCGCGUGCAGUACAUGAUUGAGGUGAUGUUCGCCAUCCGCAAGGAUGGCUUCAAGGACCACCCAGUGAUCCCUGAAGGCCUGGACCUUGUGGAAGAGGAUGACCAGUUCACGCACAUGCUGCCGCUGGAGGAUGACUACAACUCCGAAGACCUUUUAAAUAUUUUCAAGCUGGAUCCAGAUUUUUUGAACAAUGAAGAAAAAUACAAAACCAUCAAGAAAGAAAUAUUGGAUGAAGGCAGCAGCGGGGAAGGCGAGAGCGGGGAGGGGGAAGGUAGUGACAGCGACGAUGAAGAAGAGGAUGAAGAGGAAGCAGAGAAACAAAAGAUGACAAUUUUGGACCAAACAGAAACAAACCUGGUUUCUUUUCGUCGCACCAUCUACCUUGCCAUACAGUCCAGCUUGGAUUUUGAGGAGUGUGCCCACAAGCUACUAAAGAUGGAGUUACCAGCUGGCCAAGAGAAGGAGUUAUGCAACAUGAUUCUGGACUGCUGCGCUCAACAGAGGACAUACGAAAAGUUUUUUGGCCUUCUGGCAGGUAGAUUUUCCCUUCUGAAGAAGGAGUACAUGGAGAGCUACGAGGCUCUGUUCAGGGAGCAGUACGAGGCGAUCCACCGGCUGGAGACGAAUAAACUCCGCAACGUGGCCAAGCUCUUUGCCCACCUGCUGUUCACCGACUCCAUACCGUGGAGCGUGCUCGAGUCUGUGGUUCUCAGUGAAGACACCACCACAUCCUCGAGCCGUAUUUUUGUCAAGAUCCUUUUUCAAGAGCUUUGCGAAUACAUGGGACUUCCACGCCUCAACACGCGCUUAAAGGACGAAACACUGCAGCCGUUCUUUGAAGGGCUCUUUCCACGGGACAACCCACGCAACACCAGAUUCGCCAUCAAUUUCUUCACCUCCAUUGGGCUCGGGGGUCUCACCGACGAGCUGCGAGACCAUUUGAAGAUCGCCCCCAAGCUGAUCAUGGCCCAGCGCCAGGAGGUCGAGUCCGAUACCUCGUCCUCUUCGUCCUCUUCAUCCUCGGACGAGACGGACGAUACGGACGACGAUUCUGACUCGUCCUCUGAUGACGACGUCGAUUCGUCUUCCGGCUCGGGCAGUUCCGGCAGCAGCGAGAGCACCGGCUCGGCGGACUCUUCCAGCGAAGAGGAAAGCAGCAGCAGUGACUCAGAUGCCGCGAGUGCCAGGAAAAAGAGAAAAGGAAAAGUCGGAAAGGAAGACAAGCAAGUCUCCGGAAAGGGGAAGGCUCGGAAGAAAGAUGCGAGCCAAACUAAGAAGACGAGUAGGCGAGGUAGGGAGGGCGAUGAAGAGACUUCUCAAAGAGGGGAUCGUAGGCGAAGGGAGGCCCAAAGAAGCGAGACAAAUCUGGAAAGAGGAGAGAGGGGCGGUGAUGCAGAGAGGGAGGAGAAGCGGGAAAAACGCAGGGAUCACAGCGGAGAGACGGGCACCAAAGCAAAGCGCGGCGGCGGCGGCAGAGGCGCCAGCCCUGAUGAACGACGACACGGAGACUCGAGCCAGGAGAGGGAUGUCGCGAGGAAGGAUGGUGGACGAGUCAAAGGUGCCGAUCGAAAAGGAAAGAAAGAUCAAAGCAAGGAUAGGGGCAGCAACAGGCCGAGUAAAAGCGACGACGGGCAGAAGCAUAGAGGUCGAGAACAUGGCAGCAGUGCAAGCCCGCAAAUCAACGAUAAGGAUCGACGGAGAAAGACAAAUCAGAGUGCAGAUGAGGAGCAUGAAGAACCAAGGAAGUCCAAAAGACAUGGGAAGAAGAAGAAUGAUCGGGAAAAGGAUGACGUACAACCCGGACGGAAAUCAAAUCAAAGCGACGGCAAAAGGGCCCGACACGACACAAGCGAUGAGGAUGAGGACAUGCAGAGAAGCAGAAGACGUAAGAAAGCUAGUGAUGAGAAGGAGAGGAAUGAUGAUGAUGAUGAUCGUGGAAGGCAUGAAGAAGGAAAGAAAAGUAAUCACAAGGCAGAUGGAAGUGGGAAGAGAUCUGGCAGACCUGAAGAGACAACUGACAAACGAAAGGAGCAUGACCAUUCCAGUGACAUGGAAAUGGACAGGGGAAGACAAAAACAGAAUUCCAGAGAAAAUAAUCACAUGAAGGUGCAGGAGACAGCCAGGAACAUGUCCCCAGAACCCUUUCAAGACCGAUCCCAAGACAGGCAUAGGGAGAGAGCUCCAGUGGGAAAUAGGAGUGGAUCUCAGGACAGACACCAGGACAGAUUUCAAGACCGACGUAGGGACAAAUCGGAAGAAAGACACGUAGACGGAUCGCAAGAGAAACAUAAGAAUACAUUUCCAGAUAGACAUCAAGAGAGAUCCUCAGACAGACGCAGGGAUAAAUCUGCAGACAGACGUAGGGAGAAAUCUCCAGACGGACGCAGGGAGAGAUCUCCAGAUGGACGCAGGGAGAGAUCUCCAGACGGACGCAGGGAGAGAUCUCCAGACAGACGCAAGGAGAAAUCGCCAGACAGACGCAAGGAGAAAUCGCCAGACAGACGCAAGGAGAAAUCGCCAGACAGACGCAGGGAUAAAUCUCCAGAGAGACGCAAGGAGAAAUCUCCAGACAGACGCAAGGAGAAAUCGCCAGACAGACGCAGGGAAAGAUCUCCAGAGAGACGCAAGGAUAAAUCUCCAGACAGACGCAGGGAGAAAUCUCCAGACAGACGCAGGGAGAAAUCUCCAGACAGACGCAGGGAAAGAUCUCCAGACAGGCGCGGGGAGAAAUCUCCAGACAGACGCACGGAUAGAUCUCCAGACAGACGCAAGGAGAGAUCUCCAGAGAGACACCCGGAGAGGUCGCAAGACAGAACCAGAGACAAGGGUGAGGCAAAAGGAGGCAGCAAAAAUGAUGACAGCCGUUUGAGCAGGAAAGCAAGAGAUCAAGAGAGGUCACGAGAGCGGGAUCACCAGGGCAGACCCCGCAAUCGAGAACGUGACAGUUCCCACGACCGCGAUCGCCGCAGUUAGGAAAACAUUCUUAAAUAUUUUUGUGAAAAGUUGUUUGCCUUUGUAAUACCGUCACAUCGUUAUGCUUGAAAAUGUGAUCACAUAACAUGUUUAUGUAAAAUAUUUUGUCAUGUUCUUUGAUAUCCGAAUGCAUUCGGAAGUUUUUAGGGAUGAUGGUUGACAUUUGUUGUGAAUAUCCUCGUGAAAAGGGGUGGGGGGGGGGUGGCGUGUACCGAUUGCGGGCCUAACUCUUUCACAUUACCCUGUGACGUCUGUGUUUCCCCCCCCCUCCCUCCCUUCUCCACAUGUUACCAUAAUAAAUAAUUCUUAAACAUGUCCUUGCUUUGCAACAACAUCACUAUCGCGUGACACGACGGACCCUUCUGACCAUACGGCAUAACAGCAAAUGAGGUAAUCUGGUCGUGCUGGAGGGAAAUUGCCAAGAGAGUGGGUGUUCGAGUUGAAGAUCGUCGUCUCUUGAGCUUGUAAACUGACCCUUUUCGCUCUUGACAUGCACCUCGCCUCCUUUUUUUUUUUACCUCUUCCAUACGAUUCAAAACCGAUGACAAAAUGAUAGCAAUAUAACAGCUGAAUCUUUCGUCCCGUUUACCCUUGUGCUGGAAGUGUUUUUUUGUUCACAGCGUACAAUGGAGAAUGCUUCUGUAUUACCUUUUGUGUGCACAAUGUCCCGCACGACAUUUCGUUGUCAGUUGGUGAGGUGUUGACAGCUUUUGAGAGACGAGUGGAGAUGAAAAGCUAAAUGCAAAUAAGAUUUAUAAUUCGCAGAAACCAUCUGGACACCCUAGUCCUCGGGUCAAUUCCGUAGACUCAUCCUGUCACGACGUUGUGCUAUUGUGCCUGUGUUGAUGGCUCCCUCGACUGCAAUAUAAUGUGUCCAUAAAAUUGACAUGCAUUGCUCGGACAUAGUAUGGCGUAGGGGGGUAUUCAUUUUCUGCGUGUUAAAUUGUUAAUGUACAUUGCUCUCUUGAUUACAAAAAUUAUUUCCUGUAAUUAUUCAAUUCUCACAGCACCCGCAUUUUAUUCCGCUGGUCCACUGCAGUAAUGCCUCGGUUCAUCAAUGGCUAAUUAUACAAUGGAGUGUGGUGUUCGAUAUUAUUAUAUUGACUAUGAAAGCCAGUACACGUGGGUUUUCUAUAAUAUCAUUAUUGAUUGUGUCCACGUAAGGUCACCGAUGGCUCGUGCUGCAGAAAAAAGGUCGGCCUUUUAUUAAGCGGCUUCGAGUAUUGCCAUCGAAGAUCCACAUUAACAUGAUCACCAUUACUGUACGUCCAUUCACUCUAUUGCAUAUAGACCUUGUGUGCAUGCACGAAAUUCCAUUAUCACCGAGUUUAAUUGCUAAUGUGAAUCUGGAUGUGUAAACCCACAAUAAGAAACUGAAUAAAAAAUAGUCAAUAGCACAUUAUGUACAGGACACGUUCUGCAAACCAUUUUGUUGUACACUAGAAAUGCACCUGGCUCUCAAAGAUAAAAUGUUUUACAAUGAGAAUUCUACUGGGUAUUUACAUUUGUAGUCAAUCAUGCCUUUGCUAUCUCGAAAAUUGCCACAUUGGAUACCGGCUUAUUAGGAUAGAUUGCUCAUUUAUGUUUUAUCAAUAAGUAAAUCAAGGGUUAAUGUGAUUUAUUUGUUUGCUCAGAACUUCCAAAGGCCAAGCAAUGGACCUGGCUGCGGUGUGUUGCACGCUGCCGCGUUCUUUCCUAAGAUAAAAAAAAUAUGAAGCAUAUGUAAAAGUGACUCAAGUAAAAACGUGACAAAUGUGUUUCCCUACUUGUGGAUGACGCCCUGGUUAUAAUGAUUAGCACGCUGGCAUUGCAAUGCCAGAAGCCGCCAGUUUAAUUUCUCCUGCCGUGUGCCCACCCAGCAGUAUGCACCAGCAGGUCACGUGUGAUGGGGUAAAGUGUGGGUCAUGCCACAUUUUCCCAAGACGUCUGCCCAGCCUGGCCAAGUUACCUUCUAGAUGUUCUAGAUUUGAAGCUGUUGUGACUGCAAGGAUUCAUACUCUUAGUUUUUUCGGUAAAGUCACGUAGGUAAAAAAUUGAAAUGAAAAUGAAUAAAAAUAAUACAAAUUCAUUUAAAUGUUUUACCUGCGUGACUUUACCGAAAAAGCUAAGAGUAUAAAUACCUUCUAGAUGGUCUCCUAUAACCCGGUUGUCUCUGCGAAGGAAAAUAACGGAGACCGCUUUUUGUUUUCAUACUCUUCUCGCAAUCGUCCUGUACUCGGAACACUCAAACUAAUAGAUUUUGUAAUAAUAAAAUGUCAACACAA